CUUAUCAUACAGCUGGAAGGGAUCUAUUGUAGCAGCAGGUACACAAAUGCUUGGCCUUCCAUCAGAAAGUCCUGAAGAAUUUUUGGCUAAACAGCUGUUUGGGGUGGAGUUACUGCAACAGAGCCUUUCAGUUUCGUUUCCUAGAUUCCUCUCUGCUCUUAGAAGAAAGGAUAUCCAGUAAAAUAAAAAGAAAAAUGACAGGAGAGAGCAGGUUCUGCAAAAAUUGUAAACGAGAUGUGUCUGCUGCCAAUUUCUCCCUCCAUGAGGCCCACUGCAUGCGGUUUCUUACCCUCUGUCCAGAAUGUGAUGAACCAGUUGCUCAAAAGGAUAUGGAAGAUCAUCAGACAGAAGCACACAAACAGAUCAGAUGCAGACUUUGUCACCAAAGUAUGCAGCAAUACCAGCUGGAGUAUCAUGAGAACAAGGAGUGCCAAAAACGAGCCAUGAAAUGCACCAUCUGUGACCUUGAAAUGCCCUUCAACAAGCUACAGGAACACCUGGAUACCUGUGCCAGCCGAACAGAGAGGUGUCAGGAGUGUAACAAAUACAUCAUGUAUAAGGACCAGCACAAACACAAGGAGAUCUGUCCAAACAGUGGUCUGUCCUAUCAUAAGGAUUUGGACUUUCAAACCAGUGAAGCAUCCACUAAUGCAACAGUUAUUCGCCCCAUUGGUACUGGUGGCAAUCUUUGUCAGAAGUGCAGUAAGUUGUACCCAGAUGACCAGUACUCCCAACAUCUGAAUAAAUGCAAUGCAGCCCAUAAGCUGACAAAAGUUCUUGCUGGCCAGUCAGCUUCAAGCCUCAUCAGUGCUCCACCACGGUCUUCUUCCUCCCUGGCUCCCUCUUCCUCCUCUGAAAAUGCAAUGGCAUGGAAAGAUGUCCGUCCCAAAGGGAAAGAAAGGGAGCAGCCACUGACCUCCAAACCUUUAAAGAACAAAAAGAUUGGCUUUCUGUCUCCCACAAGAGGAGGAUGUUCCACAUCACCUCAAGCUCUUAAAGACACUCAGUCUUUUGACAUGCUGGUGACCUGUGACCAUUGCGACAUUCUGCUGCCACUUCCAACCCUUCGGAAACAUGAGAUCAAAUGUCUGCAUUGGACAACUUUGCAAAAUGCUAGGAUGAAUCAAAAAUCAAGCCAUGGGGAAAAAGGAGACUCCUUCUACAGCAUUCGUGAUUAAAUCUGGAAAACAGAGGCAUGUCUUCAGAUUGAAUCUUCAGCUCUGCUUUAGCAAAAGGCCCUGUGGAAGUAUGAUAGCUUUAUCGGCAAAUAAAAGUGCAGACUUGCUACUCUGGAUUAAGAACAAA